AACAUACCUCACGAGGAGAGGUAAGUGAAUGUACCCGAUAAAUCCUCUCCUAACCUGAAUCCGAAGUACGGUUAGACCAUACCUUUAUCCAGUCGGAGCCUCCUUACGGGUUUUUGCCCGCGUCAGCCACCCGCCAAAUAUAUAGUUACGACUGAGCAGUGCAGUGAAAUCCCGAACAUGGAGUCGUUACCGUACGCCGACGUCGAUUUCAGCUUGAGAGCUCUGGCCGGUCGGGCAGAGGGUUUCGGCCGCUUUGCCAUCGGCGGCCUCCACGGACCACUCUAUUACGUCACUACUUUGGCCGAUGAUGGGCCAGGUUCACUUCGGGAAGGAUGUCGCAAGAAAGAACCACUGUGGAUUGUGUUUGAAAUUUCAGGCACAAUUCAUCUGUCAUCUUACUUGAAUGUGUCAUCUUAUAAGACAAUUGAUGGUCGUGGCCAGCGGAUAAAACUCAUGGAUAAAGGCUUAAGACUGAAGGACUGCGAACACAUAAUUAUAUGCAACCUGGAGUUUGAAGGUGGUAGAGGGCAUGAUGUUGACGGCAUUCAAAUCAAACCAAAUUCUAGGCACAUAUGGAUAGACCGUUGUAGCCUGCGUGAUUAUGAUGAUGGACUUAUAGAUAUAACACGACAAAGCACAGAUAUUACAGUUUCUAGGUGUAACUUUACACAACAUGACAAGACAAUGCUCAUCGGAGCAGACCCCUCUCACAUUGGCGACAGAUGCAUAAGAGUGACCAUUCACCAUUGUUUCUUCAAUGGUACACGUCAAAGACACCCUCGUGUUAGAUUUGGAAAAGUUCAUCUGUACAACAAUUACACCAGAAAUUGGGGCAUAUACGCCAUCUGUGCUAGUGUAGAGUCACAGAUAUACUCUCAAUGCAACAUCUAUGAAGCAGGACAGAAGAAGAAAACUUUUGAAUAUUACACAGAAAAGGCAGCAGAUAAGGAAGUGGCAAAGUCUGGCUUGAUAAGGUCUGAAGGGGACCUGUUCCUGACUGGAGCCCGAGCACACUUGUUAACAGGGACUGGUGAAGAAUGCAUGUUCCAUCCCAGUGAAUAUUAUCCAACAUGGACAGUUGAAGCUGCCUCCGAUUCUCUCAGAACUAUUCUCCAGAUCUGUACAGGUUGGCAAUCCAUACCAAGACCAGCAGAGCAGAUAAUGGUUGCAUAGCACUCGAACAAUAACACCUCCUGGACGUACAUGUUCUACAAUGUAAAUCUCUCAGCUCAUAAUUGUCCUGCAGACUUGGAAAGGUUAGAUGCAGACGUUAUCAUGUCAACAAAUGAUGAAUUUAUACCAUCAGAAGCGGUGAAAACAAAAUAAAAAAUAUCAGGCCCAUCUGGUGUUCGAAACACAGCCUUGAUUUCUGCCAUUAAAAAAAUAAUAAUAAAUAAAUAAAAUAAAAUAAAUUAUUACGUGAUGGCAGAAAUCAGGGUGUUGUUUGGGACACCAGAUGGACAUUUUUUAAUUGUGUUCUCACUGUUUCUGAUGGUAUAAAUUCGUUCUUUUGAUAUUAGGAUCUCACGGCUCCAACAUUAUGCUGCUGAUAUUAAUAUUAUUAUCUCAUAUGAUCUAUAUUAUGAGAUUCAGAGCUUUCUUGAUGGUUAUCAAUUGUGGCAUUCUAUAUUUUUGUCUCUCCAGUUUCUUAAUAUAUAAAAUUGAUUAUUUUCUUCUUUUCA